AUGGUUGAAGUACAUGCAGUUAAAGAAGGCACAACCGGCAAGAUUGAAAGUUUGGUAAAAUUGGAGGAGGAAAUUAAUGGGUUCCAAAACAGGAUCCAGGGAAAUAUUUCUGACCAAGAGCUGGAUGAACAAGAAGUUCAAGAGGGUAGUAAAGAAAAGAAAAGAAGCCCAUAAAAAAUUAGAAAAACUGAAUGCUUGCCAAAUAUAUUUAGGAAGAUUAUGGAUAGGCACCAAAUGUUCCACUUACAUUGCAUGAACACUGUCCUUUUGGUGCUUAUUUGGACUGGCAUUGCAACAGCACAGAAGGAUUGCACAGGGGUGGAGUGUAAGCAGCCAGAAAACUGCAUUGAAGAAGUUCUAGAGCCUGGAGAAUGCUGCGCCUCUUGUCUGCAGCAUGGUUGUACUUGCGAAGGAUACCAGUACUAUGACUGCGUGAAUGUAGGCUUUGUCAACGGAAAAGUGCCUGAAGGACAGUCCUAUUUGGUCGACUUUGGAAGCACAGAAUGUUCUUGUCCCAAAGGCGGGGGUAAAAUCAGCUGCCAGUUUAUGUUAUGUCCAGACCUUCCACAAAACUGCAUUGAUGCUGUUCUACCAGCAGAUGGAUGUCCCCAAUGUGGAAGAAUAGGCUGCGUCCACGAAGACCAGAAAUACGCUGCAGGACAUACAUUCCACAUGCCUACAUGCAAAGUAUGCCAUUGCCCUAAUUCUGGUGGUGACCUCAUGUGCUAUCAGCUCCCAGAUUGUAAUGAAUCUAUGUUAACCUCCCCUAAUCCAUCUGAUACCAUGGAAGCAGAGCAACACUAUGAUGAUCCCUACAGUUACGACCAAGAGGCACCAGAAGGAGACACCACUCAGGUGGAGCCACCCAAAAAGUACUACAGCUUUUCAACCCAGUUGGAACAAGAGAGCAUAGGCCAAGAACAAAGUGAGGAUUAUGACUACCUUGCAAGCAGUGUUACUCCCCCUUCACUGAUUCAGUCUAUUUCAGACCCAGCAAUGCAGCAACCAACCAGCACAAAUAUCCCUCUCCUAAAUCAUCUGGAAAACAGGAACAACCAUGAAAAUAGCAAGGUCAGGAUGAAUACAAGCACAGUAUCAGCAACCAAAGCACCACAAAGAUAUAAGAUGACCACUACAAGUAGUGUGUUAAAGGAAGAAGUCAUGGCAACAACUGAGACACCCCGGAAUGGGCUGGAAGCGGAGAGACAAAAUGCGAUCAACCAGGAGAAAAUUGAGCAAGGUGAAAAUCCCCAUUUUAGAAUCAAACUAAACAUGAAAAAAGACCAGAAAUUAAAAGUACCCAAAUCAUUAGAUUUCAAGGAAUCCAAAAGAGAUAACUUCCCUGAAGUCAAAUUUAAUCCGACACCAUCAUCACUGAUUGCUUUGAAAGAAGACCGUAAUUGGAUAGCCCCCAAACAAUCUCAAACACUUUAUCAUUACCAGCCUGAUGAAGACGUGGAUCCCAACUCUGUUCAUACGUCCUCCAAAUUAUCAGAAGAUUCAACAAAAGAUUUAAUUGAAACUUGCUGUGCUGCUGGGCAACAAUGGGCUAUUGAUAACAAUGAAUGUAUGGAAAUCCCAAUAAGUGGAACAAGUGGUGAUAUUUGCAGAAUUGCUCAAAAGCAGUGCUGUGUCUCGUAUUUAAAGGAGAAUAGCUGCAUUGCUGGCAUGAUUGCUGCCAGAGAAGGUGAUUUAUGUGGAUCAGAUGAAAGUGAUACCUGUGGAGGAUCAUUUUAUAAGCAAUGUUGUGACUGCUGCAUGCUGGGCCAACAAGUAAAAAAUGAGGGUCAAACUUGUGAGUCGAACCCAAAUCUUGGCUAUCCUUGCAACCAUGUGAUGCUUUCCUGUUGUGAUGGAGAAGACCAUCUUAUCUCUCCAGAACUGAAAAGACAGCCUGAACCAUUGUCAACAGUGACACCUGAAAAAUUGACAGAGAUAGAAGAUCACCACGAAGCCUUGUCAAUUAGUCAUGAAGCUGAAAUGUCAAACAGCCUGCCUGGAGAUGACCAGGAUGAGUGCCUUGCUUAUCCAGGAGAGCUUUGUCAACACCUCUGUAUCAACACUGUGGGGUCCUACAAGUGCUCAUGUUUCCCAAGCUUUACUUUGCAAGAUGAUGGACUCAGCUGCAAUCCAGAUUUUGAAGACGAUGCACAAAAUACUGCCUUAGGGGAGAAAGCCAUUCCAGCUCCAGAAGCUUUAAAUAUUCAACCUGCAACCAACAACACUUUACAAGUAGAAGAAGAUAAAUGUAAAGAUAAUGGUCCCUGCAAGCACAUUUGUAAUAUGGUGGAAGGGGAAAUUGUGUGUUCUUGUUCACUUGGCUUUGUCCUCCUGUCAGAUGGUGUUUCCUGUGAAGACAUUAAUGAAUGCGUAUCAGAUACUCAUACUUGCAAGAGAGGAGAACAUUGUAUCAAUACAAUUGGAUCAUUUACGUGUCUUCAACAACUCAGCUGCCAAUCAGGAUAUGAACUUAAGGAUGGUGAAUGUGUUGAUAUUGAUGAAUGUGAAAGAGGAACUCACAGCUGCAAGAUAAACUUUGCAUGUCAAAAUACAAAAGGAUCGUUUUACUGUGAAUCAAAGCAACGAUGCAUGGAAGGAUUUUUACAAGAUCCGGAGGGAAACUGUGUCGACAUUAAUGAAUGUACAUCACUUCCUGAGCCAUGUAAGGCUGGAUUCAAUUGCAUCAAUACUGUUGGGUCUUACACUUGUCAGAAGAACCUCUUAAUAUGCAGCAGGGGAUAUCAUUCAAGUGAAGAUGGAACCAGAUGUGUUGAUGUUGAUGAAUGUCAGUCUGCCACACACCGCUGUGGAGAAGGACAGAUUUGUCACAAUCUACCUGGAGCCUACCGCUGUGAUUGCAAGAUGGGAUAUCAGUAUGAUUCAUUCAGCAGAACUUGCAUUGACAUAAAUGAAUGCUGGAAUUAUCCAGGCCGACUCUGCCAGCAUUCGUGUGAAAACACUCCUGGAUCCUAUCAUUGCUCAUGUUCUUCUGGAUUUCGCUUGGCUUAUGACGGGAAACAUUGUGAAGAUGUCAAUGAAUGUGACAAUAAUCCAUGCAAUCAAGAAUGUGCUAAUAUUUAUGGUUCCUAUCAGUGUUACUGCAGGCAAGGCUACCAAUUAGCAGAAGACAGCCAUUCUUGUAAAGAUAUUGAUGAGUGUGCCCAAAGUGCAGGCAUCCUAUGCACUUUCCGCUGUCUCAAUGUGCCUGGGAGUUAUCAGUGUGCUUGCCCCGAUCAAGGAUAUACUAUGGCUGCCAAUGGAAGGACUUGUCGAGAUAUUGAUGAAUGUGCAAUGGGAACCCACAACUGUUCUUCAGCAGAAUCUUGCUAUAAUAUUCAAGGCAAUUUCCGAUGCCUUUUAAUUGAGUGUCCACCGAACUACAGAAAAGUGUCGGACAUGAGAUGUGAACGUAUCAACUGCUUCAACUAUUUGGAUUGCCAAAACACUCCACUCCGCAUUACUUAUUAUCAGCUUAAUUUCCAAACAAACAUUGUUGUUCCAGCUCAUAUUUUCCGAAUUGGUCCCUCGCCUGCUUAUGCUGGAGACAACAUAAUCCUUACAAUCAACAAAGGAAAUGAAGAAAACUACUUCAAUACCCGAAAGCUUAAUUCCUAUACUGGUAUAGUCUAUCUUCAGAGGCAAGUGAGGGAACCCAAAGACUUCUUGCUAGAUGUUGAAAUGAAGCUUUGGCGUCAAGGAACCUACACAACCUUCCUGGCCAAAAUUUAUAUCUUCAUUACAUCUCAUGCAUACUAAGAUGGAUGUAUUAUUGUUGAAGCUCACUGGUGCUAUUUUUUUUAAAAAAUCUUUCCUGCCAAAGCUUGUGGUAAUAGAGAAAAAACUGAUAGUAAAAUAUAGCCUCUCGUAUUUUUUCUAGCUCCUAAAGUAUCUUUCUUUUUGUAAAAUUAACUUAAAAUGUAUUCACCUGUUUCUCUUUUAACUCUGAAUAACUCUGAGCAAAAUAAGGCUCUUGAGCUUUGACGCAAAUAUGUACAGUAGUUAUGCUGUCCUUUUAAAAGAAAGUUAUUUUGAUAUUGCACCAAUGACAACCUCAGAAUUAGUUACCAAGGUUGGGGGCAUGAUCUAGCCAAACUUAAAUAGUUCAGAUAAGAUGGAUUUCAAAGGGAAAAUAAAUAUGUAGCCAUUAAAAUAAAUUGCACUUGAAAGAUGCUUAAGUGCGAUUCAGUUUAGUUCAUGACAGAGCAGAAGGCCAAUUCCCAGUCUUUAAAACAACUAAAAAAGGAAAGAAAUUGCAUAUCAGACAGUGAUUUUUUUGUUCAUUUACUGACAAUUACACAAUAUCAUUUUAAAAAGACAAAAAUCUUCCUUUGCUGAAGAUGCCCAUAAUAUGAGAACUUGCUAUGCCAGUCAAAUUCUGUUUUCAUCCCUCCGUCCUCCUGUAACACAUCAGAUAUUGAUCAGUCUAUGUGUUCCCCCUUCAUUGAUAUGACCACCCAGUUUCUAAAGCUGCUGCCUCUUUUGUUUAAGUUGGAAAUUAUGGCUGCAGUGCAGAGGAACAAAUAAGUGACCAGGAAUAAGUCUGACCAAACUUAAUAUGCAUAUAGGCCUCGCAGUUAAUUCAUCUGAAAACCACCCCCCCCAUAUAGUAUUUACAUAAUCAAUAUUUACUUUUCCCAUAUCUGAGCAAAUGUCACUGUGAGACAUUUCCAUAGAGUUACCUUUUCACCUUAUUCAAGGUUAUUGGUGCUCUAAUACCAUAGGAUGUGAAGGUUACCACGUAACUUUUGAGACCUCCUAUUUGCUGUGCUUCUCAUGUAAAUUCUUGGGAUUUUCUGGUAUGUUCAUGCCUGCAUUAUAGGUAGUCCUCGACUUACAACUAUAAUUGAGCUCAAAAUUUCUGUUGCUGAGUGAGACAUUUGUUGAGUGAGUUUUUCCUCAUUUAACGACUUUUCUUGUCAUAUUUUUUAAGUGAAUCACUGUAGAUUUUACUGUAAAUUAGUAAUGCACUUGUUAAGUGAAUCUGGUUUCCUCAUUGACUUUGCUUUUCAGAAGAUGGCAAAAGGUGGUCGGUCACAUGACCUGGGAUACU